AUGCCUGGUCUAGACACUAAGGUGGCAGUUCAUAGAUUAGCUGUAUCAAAAGAAAGGCGUUAUGUUAAACAGGCACCACGUCAUUUUCGACCUGAGCUUGAAGUACAAAUUAAGGCUGAAAUUGACAAACUAAUAGACGUUGGGUUUAUCAGGGAAGUGCAGUACCCUACAUGGCUCGCCAAUUUCAGAGAUCUUAAUGACGCAUGUCCAAAAGACGAGUUCCCGCUUCCAACAACUGAAUUAUUGGUAGACGCCACAACCGGUUUUGAGGCUUUAUCUUUCAUGGAUGGAUUCUCAAGGUACAAUCAAAUUAAAAUGGCACCUGAAGACGAAGAACUUACAACAUUCCGCACUUCGAAAGGAAUCUACUGUUACACUAAAGCUAUAAAAGGACAAGCACUAGCUGAUUUCCUAGCAGCUCACCCUAUUCCCGACAACAUGGAGUUACCGAGUGACUUGCAGGAUGAAGAAGUAUUCUCGACAUACAUUUCUCAAUGGCAACUUUAUUUCAACGGAGCAGCAAGGAAAAAAGGCGUCGGGACAGAAUACGAGGCACUCAUCAUUGGACUUGAAAUUGCACUCGAACUACAUGUUGAUAGCCUUCAAGCUUAUGGUGACUCACAACUAAUCAACAAGCAAAUGAAUGGUCAAUAUGCCGUGAAAAAUGAAAAUCUAACCUCUUAUCAUGAAAGAGCAAAACACUUGGUGUCACAAUUCCAAGAAAUCAACAUUGCUCACAUUCCUAGGUCUGAAAAUAACAAAGUCGAUGCGUUGGCAAAGCUAGCAGCAUCUUUAACUCUCCCUGAGGAACGAGAAGUCAAAAUUACAGUUGGAGAACGACAUUUACUUCCUUUAACAUUAGAGCGGAUUGAAGAAAACCAUGAAGUCAAUGCGGUUACAGUCCUAGAAGUAGAUGAAUGUUCUAAUUGGCGGCAAUCUUUGAUUGACUAUCUUUAA